CCCCUGCCAGGCAGGGGAGACGCACGCCGGCUAGGUGAGUGCUGGACCUGCCUGUCCGUUUCUCUGUCUUCGGGGUUGUAUGCUUCUCACUCUGUCUGCGAGGUGGCUGUGGACGCCACGAAGUUUAGGGCUAGCCCCGUCCCUCGUGGGUCCAGGUCCGGGAGAGAGCCUAGGAAUGCUUUCGACUGCUCCAGGCUCGCUCACCCCUUCUCCGGUUGCCACUCCUCCUCGCCGGACACAAAGGGAAAUGCAAACCUGAAAUGUGGCAGAGGGCGGAAACUCUGGCUGUCAGAACCAGCGAGUCUCACCAAGCAACUAAAGCCAACCUCAGAAAGACAAGGCCAAGUGUCUUCACAAGCUGAUGUUGCAGAACCUGGAGAAGCUGACAGAGGAAGAAAAAAAUUCAGGUUUCUCCUGUAAGACCCUCAUCUGUGUAGAGGUCCUCCCAGAUCCCCUGGGGUGAAGUGGUGAAGGCCUGGGACAAGGCCCUCAGCCUCAGAGGAAGAUGGCCCAGAGGAAACUGGAGAGCAAGUGAAGGGAAAGACCCUUCGGUUUGCUUCCUGAGCUCCAGCUGUUCAUUUUCCCUAGGAAGAUUCAUGAGACACUUCUCAGUUUGUCCAGUCACUUUCUCUCCCUGGACUUCACAGUGUUGUACUCUGCAGCUGGAAUGACAAUUGUCCCCCGUUGCCCAGGACUGAAAGGUUUCCCAGGAGGCAGACUUGAGUGCCUAAACGAUCCCAGGCAUUUUCUCUUCUCUCAGUAUCACCUAACUGGUUCGGAGCAUCCUGCGUGCUGGGUUGUGCCGGAACAAUGAGAAGGCGCAAGAGUCCUGGUACCCGGCUGAACAGACGUAGAUCUGAGGCUCGGCAACAUGACAGCAUCACCCAGAUGACCUGUGCCAGGGCCAGGACAGGGACCAGCGUCGGGGCCACCUCCUCGCUUGCCACUCCUGCCCCUCUAUGCCCACAGAAUGUAAUGGCAGUGGCCACACUUGGGCCCUCGGCUAAGAUUAAUGUGACCUUUGAGGAUGUUGCCGUGUUCUUCUCCAGAAUGGAAUGGCGCCUCCUUAAUGAGGCUCAGAAACACCUGUACCUCGAAGUAAUGCGGGAGAAUUUUGCACUUAUAUCCUCUUCAGGUUGCUGCUGUGGAGCAGAGAAUGUGGAGGCACCCAUUGAAGAGAAUGUUUCUGUAAGAGCGUCUCAGGCAGAGAAUCCUCAUGUAGCUUUGUCUUCCCAGAAAAGCCACCCCUGUGAGCGUUGUGCGCCAGUCUUGAAAGACAUUUUCCAAGUGGUUGAGGAGCAGGGGGCACAGCACAGCCAGAAACUGUUGAGGUGUGGUGCAUGUGCAAAACAGUUUUAUUUCAGUGCCAAGUGUCACCAGUACAUGAGAGAGAAGCCUUUCCUAAGAGGUGUUGACAGGGUCUCACUUGCAAAGGGCUGCCAUUUCACUGUGUCCCAGGAGCUUUUUACCUGUGGGGAGGCUGGACAGGACAUCCUUUCCAGCUCAGGUCAUAUCCAAGAAAAGGCUACGCACACCAGGGACAGGCCAAAUGAAAUGUUGAUGUCUGGAGUGACUUUUCAAAGGAAAAACAAUGAUUACACCAGGAAAGAAUGUAAGAAAGCCAUUGGCUGCAACCAUGCACUUGCUCCAGAUCAAGCUGUCCUUGCUGAAAGACAGUGUUUUGUGUGCCAUGAAUGUGAAAAAUGUUUCACAAGACUCUCUGGCCUUCGUUAUCAUCAGAAAGUUCACACAGGGGAAAAGCCAUAUAAGUGCAAUGAAUGUGGGAAAUGCUUCAAAGAUCGCUGUGGCCUUAUUCAACACUGUCGAGUUCAUUCUGGAGAAAAACCUUACAAGUGUGGUGAAUGUGGGAAAUCCUUUAGCCAAAGUACCAGCCUCAUUCAACACCAGAGAGUUCACACUGGAGAAAAGCCAUAUAAGUGCAGUGAAUGUGGAAAAUACUUUACCAGAAUUUCUAGCCUUUAUUGUCAUCAGAGAGUUCACACUGGAGAAAGGCCGUAUGAGUGCAGUGAAUGUGGGAAAUCUUUUAUCAGGAACCAUCAUUUGCGUUGUCAUCAGAGAAUUCACACUAGAGAAAGGCCUUAUGAGUGCAGUGAAUGUGGGAAAGCUUUUAUCAGGAACUCUGACCUUCGUUGUCAUCAGAGAUUUCACACUGGAGAAAGGCCUUAUGAGUGCAGUGAGUGCGGGAAAUCUUUUAUCAGUAGCUCUGGCCUCCGUUAUCAUCAGAGAUUUCACACUGGAGAAAAGCCUUAUGAUUGCAAUGUCUGUGGGAAAUCUUUCACUUGUAGCAGUGGCCUCCGUUAUCAUCAGAGAUUUCACACAGGAGAAAGGCCUUAUAAGUGCACCGAAUGUGGGAAAGCUUUUGUCAGGAACAUUCACUUGCGUUGUCAUCAGAGGGUUCACACUAGAGAAAGGCCUUAUGAGUGCAAUGACUGUGGGAAAUCUUUCAUCAGCAACUCUGAACUUCGUUGUCAUGAGAGAUUUCACACUGGAGAAAGGCCUUAUGAGUGCAGUGAAUGUGGAAAAUCUUUUAGCCAAAAUUCUAACCUCUCUAAGCACAUGAAAGUUCACAUGGGAAGAAGUUCUUAGAUGUGUGGGAAAUGUACAGAUUUUUUGUUCAGUUUCAGUGUUAACACUGGAGGAAACUCUGAGGCCCCGUUUUUCUGAAUGUAAUCUCAUACAUUGAACUGUCAACAGUGGGAGGUUUUCCAUAAGUUUUGGUUAAUGUGGGAAGUAUGUGUGCCUGGGUUAUACUUUCUAACCUGCCCAGGGCUCUUGCCAAAUUUAUGUCACUACAAGUUUAUGUGGCUGAAGCGAUUUCAGCUGUACCACCUGCUAGGUCUCCUGGCAGCUGUACCACCUGGCAGGUCUCCAUAGUUUGCAUCAGGCACCAUCCUAAUGUGCUCAAGAAAGCUGACUUUGUUCCCUGAUUUGUUGGAGGAAGUUAGGAGUAGCCUGAGCCCUAUGAGAUCUGCAGUUCCUUCACUCUGAGUAGUUGGGGCAUGGGCCAGACCCAGUGUUGACCCCCAGAGAACAUAUUUUAUUAUCCAAGUUCAGCUGAUGGCUUGCAGAAGGACUGCCUUUUCAGGGGCAUGGUUUUCCUCGAUACCUGUGAUGAAUAAUAUUUCCAGUGUCAAAGUUACCAAUGCAAUAACUGCCAGAUCCAUGUCCCUUUGGUUUGUAAAAUAAUGAAGGCCUUUUUGUUUAAGUCCUCUUUAAUCUUGGUAAAAUGUUUUAUUUACUGUGUGGGGUAGGUUAUAAGCAGACUUGGGCUCUACAGCAGGAAGAGGUAAAGAACUUUUAUGAGGGUCUCGAACUCCUCUACCCUCGAGGGGCCAUUAUGGUGCCAAGAUUAGCUCACCAGUUUUUGCCAAAUUUACAUUGCUGCCCACAUGUUCCUAGAAAAGACUGCCGGGCUCUCUGGUAAUCAUGUGAAGCCUAGAUGCUAUGAGUUUUAGGAGACUCAGAUAACUUUCAAGAGGGGGUCAAUGUGACAACCUCAAGUGCUUCUGACAGCAGAUGAAUUUUUCUUUUGUUCACAGGGUACUUUUGAAGGUCUUGCAAAGGGCUGUAUGUCCUAUCUGAAAUUCCAUAGGUGAUGGUCACUUGGUUGUAGGACCAUAGGGGUUAGGGGAAACCAUGAUUGCUACAGAAUAACGAGGAUUGGAGAAGACUGCAGCUAGCUAGGUGUAAUGUACCUCUUCUAAACAUGCAUCCAGAAUUAUUUCUGUGAAAAGACUGCAGGAUCAUUGUGUACACAGAUCUGAGGAUCUCCAGUCAUGUUUAUUUUCUGUGGCCAAAGUCAUUGUUACUGAAAAUAAAAAUCAAAAGGUUUUGUGGACUGUGUACCCUCUCAGGUGUUCACUUGAAAACCAUCUGUGCCCAGGCAGGAAAUCAAAGAUAAAGAAAAUUGGUAUCUGUGGUCCAAGGAUGUGGCUUUUGUGAUCCAGCCAGUGUUGCUGUUGAUUUGGGUGAAAGUCCUUCAUUGUUUGGUAUAUUUGAUGUCACUGAGGCAAGGCUGAUCCACAGUGGGUUGCCAAACCUAUUUGCCAAAGAGUGUUGGCAUGUUUUUGUUUUAUGUUGAGCCAUUUUUCAAAAGUUUUCAUUAGUAAACGUAUUUCAAGUAUAGUAUUGAUGAAUUUUGGCAUAUUAAACUGAAACCAUCACUACAGUCAAUACUGACUAUAUUUGUCACUGUCUUUUUACUUUACAUCCUUUUCUAAUCUCUCCCUGUCCUUUCUAGCUCUCCAAGUAACUAUUGAUUUACUUUUCAUUUUAAUAGAUAACUUGGCAUUUCCUAGAAUUUAUGUGAUGUGAAUAAAUGUAUUUUUUCUGCUUUCAUUUAUGUUGCACAAAUACUUGGAGAUUAAUUAAUGAUAUACUUGUAGUUCAUCUUUUUUUCACUGAGAAUUAUUCCUAGCUUUUAAUUACAUUGCAUUUGUUUAUCCAUUCAUUUGUGCAUGGACAUUGCAUUAUUUCUAAAUUUUGAUUAUUGAAAAUAAAGCUGGGACAAACAUUUGUAUAUAA